UACGAUAACCAACCAAUAUUGAGAAAAGUAAAAGUGCUAAGGUGAAUCAAUAAAGUGUAAUGAAAUGGGUAAGUGCAAAUAUCACUAAUAAAUGCAUUAAUAAAGGAAACUCCCGAGGCUGACAACGUUCAUUUGCAAUGUAUAAUGCUUCCUGUACAGUUUGCACCAUCAUGAUGUCUACUUUUCCUCUGUAUCGCGGUACGUUCAACGUUUGCGUUACAUUUUUACGUGAUUCGUUACAUAAAAUUUAUCUUGUUGUAGUACUUGCACAAGUACUAUACCACUUCCAUACUUGUAACCACUAACUCUUAUUUCUAAUAGUUAUGGUUAAUCAAAGUAAAAAGCAGCGAACCCAAUCCCCUGUAAAACUGGUGUCUAAUUUAACGUCCUUGAUUGCUACAUCAAGCAACACACCCCCAACAAACGGCUAUAGUGAGUCACAUAACUCACGUGUAUGCCGUAAGCGUCGAGCUGAAACUGAAAAUAAAACUGUACUGACAGCCAGUAUUAGCACUACUCCUAAAAAUUCGGUACCCUCUGCUCAUACAGAACUCCUCCCUUCACCUUAUGUGCUUAUGGAGAAACUCCAGCCAUCAAGCUCUUUUUCAGUACUAUCUUCAGAAAUAGAACUUCUAAAGUUGUCUAUAGGAGAACUUAAGGCUGAGUUAAGGGAAAUAAAAAACAGCAAGUCAGUAAAUGCUGGAAACAUCGAAACCAAUACCGAGAUAUGCAAAUUAUCAGAUCAGAUCAGCGAUAUCAGAUCGCAGGUCUGUGGACUGACACCUCUAACUAUCCUCAUGAAAACGGUAAACCUUAACAAGCUUGACACAGAAUCGGUAACUAAGGUAGAUAACCUCAUUAACUUUGUUACCACAGAAGUAACAAAACGACUCGACGCAAAACUCAGUGCUAUUGUCUACAACGUUCCGGACAAUGAGGCAAUAAAAAAGGUACAGCGCAUCUUACUUAGUGAAGCGAAAAUGCCUAACUCCAAGACUAAGUGCUACAGGCUGAAGAAGAGUCAACAUGAAAAGUGCUGUCCUAUUCGAUUUCAGUUCGAAACACCGGCAGAGACCAGAAAAUUCAUUCACUCCCAACACACCCUAUCGCAAGCCAGAAACUACAAACAUAUAAAGGUCGGGGUGGACAAAACAGUUAUAGAAAGGCGCGCACACAACUAUCUCACUAAGACUAAUUGUGAAAUAGGUAAUAGGACAUUGCAAGCAGCCAUUAUUCCCAACCCUGUGAAAGAUACAGUAGACCCCACCGCAUCACCCCUCUCAAAACACACAGAAAUAUCCCAUCAGAGUGCAACACCAGCCGAAAGGCCACUAGACUGUAACCAAAUAAAUAAUAAAACCAUACCACCCAUCACCGCAGAAUCUAAAAUGCCACUAAAUAACCCCAGAAAAAAAGUUAAAACCCCCCGAAACUCGACUUUGUCCUCUCCUAGCUAUAAUUCCAUUGGUAAAGAUAAGGAAAAUAUGCCCCUAAAUCAUACCAACAAAAACAGUGGCAGCUUAAAUAAGCCCACACUCCCCACGGUUAAUAGUAUUAGCACUCACAACGUGCUAAAUCGCACCGUGGCACACACUAAUAUCCAAUGUCACAACGAUGUCACCCUAAAUAGUACAAGCGGUAACAGUCAGAACUCGGCUACCAACAACUCAGGGUCUUCAGAGUAUGGCACACAAACAAAUUUCGACCGGAUGUAUGGUACAAGUCUGCUGGGAACUAACCCACAAUGCAGUACACACGAAACCCACACAAGGACACAACUAGCAUCAAACAAUAGGUGGAAUAAUAAGCCAUGGUCAUCACAAGGAUCCAAUCAUUUUUUAUCCCCCGCGUCCCUGUCAGCGUUGAAAAAACAGCUGGUAGGGAUGUUAACACUCCUAAACCACUAG